CCUAGAGAGGCCAAAGGCUUUGCUAAAAGCACAUUUCCGCUUCCGCUGAGGCAUUGGCGGUUAAUGAGCAUCAUGGCAACCGUGACAGCCACCACCAAAGUCCCUGAGAUCCGGGAUGUGACGAGGAUCGAACGAAUUGGGGCUCACUCCCACAUCCGGGGGCUGGGGCUAGAUGAUGCCUUGGAGCCACGACAGGCUUCCCAGGGCAUGGUGGGGCAGCUGGCUGCCCGGCGUGCAGCUGGUGUGGUACUGGAAAUGAUCCGAGAAGGGAAGAUUGCGGGGCGGGCCGUCCUCAUCGCCGGCCAGCCAGGCACUGGGAAGACAGCCAUCGCCAUGGGCAUGGCUCAGGCACUAGGCCCCGACACACCCUUCACAGCCAUCGCGGGCAGCGAGAUCUUUUCCCUGGAGAUGAGCAAGACCGAAGCCCUGACACAAGCUUUCCGGCGCUCCAUCGGUGUCCGCAUCAAGGAGGAGACGGAGAUCAUUGAAGGUGAGGUGGUGGAGAUCCAGAUUGACCGACCAGCCACGGGCACAGGCUCCAAGGUGGGCAAGCUGACCCUGAAGACCACAGAGAUGGAGACCAUCUAUGACCUGGGCACCAAGAUGAUUGAGUCUCUGACCAAGGACAAGGUCCAGGCCGGGGACGUCAUCACCAUCGACAAGGCCACAGGCAAGAUCUCCAAACUUGGUCGCUCCUUCACACGCGCUCGUGACUAUGAUGCCAUGGGCUCCCAGACGAAAUUCGUUCAGUGCCCAGAUGGGGAGCUGCAGAAGCGUAAGGAGGUGGUACACACAGUGUCCCUCCAUGAGAUUGAUGUCAUCAACUCACGUACCCAGGGCUUCCUGGCCCUCUUCUCAGGUGACACAGGGGAGAUCAAGUCAGAAGUCCGAGAGCAGAUCAAUGCCAAGGUAGCCGAGUGGCGGGAGGAGGGCAAGGCGGAGAUCAUCCCUGGGGUGCUGUUCAUUGACGAGGUCCACAUGCUGGACAUUGAGAGCUUCUCUUUCCUCAACCGGGCCCUGGAGAGCGAUAUGGCACCCGUCCUCAUCAUGGCCACCAACCGAGGCAUCACCCGGAUCCGAGGUACCAGCUACCAGAGCCCCCACGGCAUCCCCAUUGACCUGCUGGACCGCCUACUCAUCGUGUCCACCUCCCCCUACAGUGAAAAAGACACCAAGCAGAUCCUGCGCAUCCGAUGUGAGGAGGAGGACGUGGAGAUGAGCGAGGAUGCCUACACGGUGCUGACACGUAUCGGGCUGGAGACCUCCCUGCGCUACGCCAUUCAGCUCAUCACAGCGGCCAGCCUGGUGUGCCGUAAGCGAAAGGGCACAGAGGUGCAAGUGGACGACAUCAAGAGGGUCUACUCACUCUUCCUGGAUGAGUCUCGCUCCACACAGUACAUGAAGGAGUACCAGGAUGCCUUCCUCUUCAAUGAGCUCAAAGGUGAAACGAUGGAUACCUCCUGAGAUGUCACCCCACCCUUGCCUCCCCACCCCGUUUUCUACGAGUUGUGACACUGUGACUUUAUAUAAAAUUAUUGGAAACUGGA